UCUGAGAAGCCUCCAUCGCUUGCAGGUCCCCCAUCACCCCCUCCCCACGAAAACCCGCUUGAUGCGAGUCCUGAUCCCCAAAGGAAUGGCCCGGAUCCUCUCCUUGUAGGGCGCGCGGCCCACCUUGCACCGUGGGGAGGGAAGAGCGGUGGAGGGGGGAGGAAGGAAGAGAGAGAAGAGGAUGAUGUAUUGAGGAAGAGCAUGGAUCCCCCACCCGCCUCCAUGGCGCUUCUCGUCUGCCUCUGCCUUCUGGGCACCAUGCGAAGGUCGCUGGCCACUGACACCGAAGAGCGGCUGGUGGAGCAUCUUCUGGACCCGGCCCGGUACAACAAGCUGAUCCGCCCGGCCACCAACGGCUCCGAAUUGGUCACGGUGCAACUGAUGGUCUCGUUGGCCCAGCUCAUCAGCGUGCAUGAAAGAGAACAGAUCAUGACUACGAAUGUGUGGCUGACACAGGAAUGGGAAGAUUAUCGUCUGACCUGGAACCCGGAAGAGUUUGAUGAUAUGAAGAAGGUGCGCCUGCCCUCCAAGCACAUCUGGCUUCCAGAUGUUGUACUUUAUAACAAUGCCGACGGGAUGUAUGAGGUCUCCUUCUACUCCAACGCUGUGGUGUCUUACGAUGGCAGCAUCUUCUGGCUCCCUCCGGCCAUCUACAAGAGCGCCUGCAAGAUCGAGGUGAAGCACUUCCCGUUCGACCAGCAAAACUGCACCAUGAAGUUCCGCUCGUGGACCUACGACCGCACCGAGAUCGACCUGGUGCUGAAGAACGACGUAGCCAGCUUGGACGACUUCACCCCCAGCGGCGAGUGGGACAUCAUCGCCCUCCCGGGCCGGAGGAACGAGAACCCCAACGACUCAACCUACGUGGACAUCACCUACGACUUCAUCAUCCGCCGGAAGCCGCUCUUCUACACCAUCAACCUGAUCAUCCCUUGCAUCCUGAUCACGUCCUUGGCCAUCCUGGUCUUCUACUUGCCCUCCGACUGCGGGGAGAAGAUGACCCUCUGCAUCUCGGUCCUCCUGGCGCUCACCGUCUUCCUCCUCCUCAUCUCCAAGAUCGUACCGCCCACCUCGCUGGACGUGCCCCUCGUGGGGAAGUACCUGAUGUUCACCAUGGUCCUGGUGACCUUCUCCAUCGUCACCAGCGUCUGCGUGCUGAACGUCCACCACCGCUCGCCCACCACCCACACCAUGCCCCCCUGGGUCAAGGUGGUCUUCCUGGACAAGCUGCCCACCCUCCUCUUCAUGAAACAGCCGCGGCAAAACUGCGCCCGCCAACGCUUGCGGCAGAAACGCCAGAGCCAGGAGAAGUCUACCGGCAGCUUCUUCCUGCGAGAGGGGGCUCGGUCCUGCACGUGUUACGUCAACCCUUCCGCCGCCAAGACGUUCGGGGCAGGGGGCGGCGGCAACAGCGGCGGCGGGAGGCCCUUCACGGAAACGCCCGAGGGGGUCAAUGGCUAUCGGGAGAAGCCGGGUCAAACGGUGCCGCCAGCCCCGCCGGGCCAGUGUUCCUGCGGGCUGGAAGAGGCGGUCGAUGGAGUGCGCUUCAUCGCGGACCACAUGAAGAGUGAAGAUGAUGAUCAGAGCGUAAGCGAGGAUUGGAAAUAUGUGGCCAUGGUGAUCGACCGCCUCUUCCUCUGGAUUUUUGUUUUCGUCUGCGUCUUCGGCACCAUCGGGAUGUUCCUCCAGCCGCUGUUCCAGAACUACGCCACGAAUUCCCUCCUACAGAUCCAUCAAGCGGCCCCCGGGAGCAAGUAAGAGGCUUGGUUUGCCUGCUUCUCCCCCUUGGAGAAGAACGAGUGGGGAAAAACGAACGGACAAAGAGACAGCCCGCUCGGGUCUCGUGCGGACGCCGCCACCCCAAGGUGGGAUGAAGAGAGCGGUGACUCUUGAUUUCACCCAUUAUGCCCACUUCCCCCCCAGCUCUUGCUUUAGUUUAUCAGGGAUACAGUCUUCACGGGGAAAGGAGAACCGGAUGGAAACGAAUGACAACUCAGCAACAACCAGACCAGAUUUGUCGGUAGGGAGAGCACCGUCGUCCUGUAGGGAGCGAGUGUCGCUCGGAAGUCGAACAUGCACGUGUUGCCUGCAGAAAAGUCCUAGUUUAAUCUCUUGAUGGUCACUUUUGAAAGGAAUCAAGCGACCAGGGAGGGGGGGGAAUCUGCCCCGCUUUGGGACCAUGGACAGCUACUGGUGGUCUUUCGAAGCAGAUGGUGUUGGAAAAUCGGAACAGGCCUUCUAGUUGCCGAGGGGUGGGAAGCAAAAGUGGUGGGUCUGCAUGGAGAGGGACGGGGGUCUUUCUGCCCUCUGAUGAAUUUGUUUUUUUGAGAAAGACACCCCGGCUUGUGCCAAGGAUGGGUUACCAGCUCCCAAACUCAGGGAAAUAUUAUAUAUAUAUACAUCUCUAACUGACCCAGCCCCACCUCAUGUCUCCUCAAAGAAUCCGCGACAGAGCAGAAAGCUUUUGGGGUGAAACCACCGACGCCGAUUUUUAAAUUCGCAAAGGGAUGAGCAGCCAAAUUCCCAACCCUACACUGAGAAAUCUAAGCCUUCUUUCUUCCCUUCCGGGACAGUACAAUGCCGAGACCAGCUUUUCCCUGCUCAGGAACGGUCGCGCGUGGGGUGCGAGUGGCACAUGGACCGGUUUGUCCUCAAGAGCACCCACCCACUCACCCCAAGCAGAAACGUAAGAAGGCUGAGCCUCUCCGUCCCCACCCGAGGUUUCGGUCAGAGAAACCAAAGCUUUAAGGCCACCGAUUUUGUGUUUUCCCGACCCCCCCCUCUGCC